AUGACCUCGGCGGGGGAGGCGGCCGGUUCCCCCCCGCUGCCCGCCGCGGUCGGCGGCCACCGGCGGAGCCCCCUGGACCGGCUCCCGCCCCCCGCCAACACCACAAAACCGCUGACCCCCUUCGGCAUCGAGGACAUCCUGGGACGGCCCCGCGGCGGGAGCCCCCCCGGGACCGGGACCGGUGCCGCCGCCCCCCCCGCCCCGAACGGGCCCCGCGGCGGCGGCGGCGGCUGCGCCCCGGCCUCGCCGCUCUGGGCGCUGGAGGAACUCGCCAGUAAAACCUUCCAGGGGCUGGAGCUGGGAAUGCUGCAGGCGGCCGGAGGUCCGUCCCCGCCGGGCGCCCCGGGCCCGCGCCCUCCGUGCAGGAAGCGCCGCAAGUCCCGCACCGCCUUCACGGCGCAGCAGCUGCGGGAGCUGGAGCAGCGAUUCCGGCGGCAGCGCUACCUCUCCCCGGUGGACCGGGACGCGCUGGCGGCGCGCCUGGCGCUCUCCGCCGCCCAGGUCAUCACCUGGUUCCAGAACCGCCGCGCCAAGCUCAAGCGGGACCUGGAGGAGCUGCGGGCGGACGUGGCCUCGCUGCAGGCGCUGCCCCCCGCCGCCCUGCAGCAGCUGGCGGGGCUGCCCGAGCCGCCGGGGGCUCCCGGUACCGGCACCGGGACCGCCGAGCCCGCCGAGCUCUCGGAGGAGGAGAUCGACGUGGCGGACUGA